AUGUUUUUCAUUGGAAAAGUGAUCAAAGGUAUUGAAGAUAUGAAGCUACUUUUAGAUUUCACAAGGAAAUAUUAUCGUGAUAAUCGGCGAUUCAGUGACGAUUGUCAUUAUGCGUUAUAUAUUCGAACAUUGGAUCGGAAAAUAUCCAAGAACGAGAUACAAUACAAUAGAUAUAGUCAUUUCUCGGAUAUUGGAGUACUUUGUGAAACAUGCACGGGACAUUCAUUUAUUAAUGGUACUUGUCCAAAAGUACAGCGAACAGUAUUUGGCUCGAGUACACUUCAUUCCUCUACAGUAACCAAUUACAGUACACUUUUACCAAAUGAAACAAUUGUUGAGAAAUUUUGUCGAAUAUGUCAUAGUUUUGGUAGUUAUGGUGAUCCACUUAUUUCUCCAUGUCGUUGUACCGGUUCAUUGAAAUACGUUCAUAUAUCAUGCCUCCUACAUUGGUUAACAAUAUGUGCUCAUAAUUUAAAACGUCCAGCAAUAUGUGAACUUUGUCUUUAUAAAUAUCGCCUACGAAAUACCAUCGAUUGGCAAAAUUUACGUUUACCAUCGAUUUCAAGACAUGAUUUACGUUAUCUGAUAAUAUUUAUCAUAGCUGUGGCGUUAAUGUUCCUUUCCUCAAUUACAUCAUUGAUUUGCUUUUGCAUUGAAAGGAAAUGGGAAAAAAAUAAUGAUACGAUGAUCGAAGGCAAUUCUGAAACAUUUGUGAAAGGAAAUAACGAUUGGGAAACUUUAUUGAGCUUAUCCACUUUAAUUUCCGCCUUUCUCUUCUUUAUAUCACUUUCUGUUGCCAUAUAUGCUCACAUUAAGACAGAUACUAGCCUAAUGAAAUAUUUGUAUCGUUUAUGGAUUAAUAAUCAAAAUUGGAUAAUAGAAGAAUAUCUGCCAUGUCGUGAUCAACGUUAUUGCAACAAGAUGGAGCAGCUUCGAAGACGUUUGAAUGGUAAUAUAACAAUACAUUUAGUUGAAUAUAAUUAA